AUGGCCCUUUCCUUCGCCAAGCUGGCCGGCCUCGUGCUCGGCGCAGCGAUAUGCACCGCCGCUGCCGAUGAUUCCUUUCUCCAAAAAAGACAGCUUCACGGCUUGACCGACCAAGGCUCAAGCUCGACCUCCAUCGCCGCCGCCGCAAUCAUCACCCGCGCCCCGUCUAGCAUCACGACCCAGGCUGGACCCCUCCGCUGGGAGCUGACGACCGUCUUCACGCAGCCCGACGAGUGUGAGGGCGGCAUCACGCAGUACGCCGGCGACCUUUCCACUCUGGGCUACUGGCUCAACAUCCCGUUCCCGGCGCCAGGCCUUACGCUAACGUCGUGCUUCCCGCCGGCCCUAGUCGCCAGCGCCACGGCCUCGGUCGACCAGCCGCCGUACAGCCAGCUCGUCUGCCCGUACCGCUGGCAAGUGGUUGACUUCAACUCGACGUACCGCGUCUGCUGCCCGCACGACUACCGCAUCUAUGCACCUGCCAUGGUCAGCCACUCCACGCUGCCCGACCGCCCCGGGCUCGGCGCCUGGUGCACGUCGUGGGUUCAGGCCGGCAAGUUUGCCGCGCUGACCAUCUACGACAAGACUGGGGGUUCUUCGGUCGUCGAGACGACGCUCGGCGAGUCGGAGAACUGGCUUGUACAGGCCACCGCCUUUGACGGCACCGUUGCCACAGACGUGCCCAAAACAACCAGCUCUAGCUCCACCUCGACGCCAAAGUCAACCGAUGUGACAACUACGACGCCUAGAAGCACGCCGACGAAAACGACGACGAAGACUACUACUACUACGACCACCCCCGCCACCACCUCGAGCGCCGGGUACUCUGGCCCGACUGCGCUCGGUGCCUUGUCUUCGUGUGGUGUAAUUCUUCUUUUCCUCUGCUUCUUUUUCUCUUAA